AUGGACGCCUUCACUGAUGCCAUCACCUCGGAGCCUCUUCCACCUCACUUCAAAGCUCCCACACUAGAAACGUACGACGGCACCACGGAUCUAGACGAAUACUUGGAAAGCUUUCGAGCACUCAUGCUCCUGCACGGGUAUUCCGACACCUUGACGUUUCGAGCUUUCCAGGUGACUUUCAAGGGGGCAGCUCGCCGAUGGUUUGUCAAGCUCCCACCUUGCUCCAUCAACUCGUGGGAGCAAUUAACCAAUCUUUUUCUCGCCCACUUCAUCAGCAGCCAACGAUGCCAGAAGAGUGUCGUCUCACUUAUGGUCGUCCGACAAAGGCACGACGAGAGUCUGUGGUCCUGCAUCGACCGCUUCAAGAAAGAAGAACUUGAAGUCCGCGACCUCAACCCCAUGGUCUCCGUGCAUGCAACAAUCCAAGGCCUCGUCCCUAAGUUGGCCCUUAAGUGCUCUAUUGCCAAGACAUCGCCCAAAACGAAGGCGAUUUUUUUGAAAAAGGCACAGAAAUACAUCGCCGCCGAGGAAGCCUCAACUGGCAAGCACCGAGGAGGAGAGACCGACCACGACCAUGGCGACACUGAGAAGAAGAGGAAGAACGGAGACAGCCAUGGCAAUGACAACAACAAGAAGAAGCCGUCGGCCCCAUCCUACGACCAGUACACACCACUCAACUCGACCCAAGCACAUAUCCUCAUGCAGGUAGGAGAGGAGGAGUAUGCGAAGUGGCAUGGGAAGAAGAAGAGGAACCCCAAGAAGGGUGACCCAAGAAAAAUACUGCACAUAUCACCGCAGCGUCGGCCACGACACCAAGGAUUGUUACGAGCACCAAGACGAGAUUGA